UGCUGUAAUAAUCUUGAAAAAAACAAGUGCUGAUUCUCCACGUUACGCUUUCGCCAACUAGGUUCGUUGGCGCGUUCAUUUCCCUGCAUACGACACUUCCACCAUUUCCCCCCUCAAUUUUGUCAUCGGAGAGGCCUCUCGAGGUUUCAGUCCAUGGCGUCGAAGCGGAUCCUGAAAGAGCUCAAGGAUCUCCAGAAAGAUCCUCCUACUUCCUGUAGCGCUGGUCCUGUUGCUGAAGAUAUGUUUCAUUGGCAAGCAACAAUUAUGGGUCCUCCAGACAGUCCUUAUGCAGGAGGCGUUUUUUUAAUUACUAUUCACUUCCCUCCCGACUAUCCAUUUAAGCCUCCUAAGGUUGCUUUCAGGACAAAGGUUUUUCACCCAAACAUCAACAGUAAUGGUAGUAUUUGCCUGGACAUCUUGAAAGAGCAAUGGAGUCCAGCUUUGACUAUAUCAAAGGUGUUGCUUUCUAUUUGCUCCCUUUUGACCGAUGCGAACCCAGAUGAUCCACUAGUGCCAGAAAUUGCUCAUCUGUACAAGACGGAUAGGGCCAAGUAUGAGACAACUGCAAGGAGCUGGACUCAAAAAUAUGCUAUGGGCUAGUAUGUAUUAUGGGAAGGGCAUGAAGGAUGCUGCUGUUAGUUCUUAUGUAUAAAUGAAAGUUUUCUGUACAAUCUACUAUUGUUGGAGAUUGAAACAAUUUUAUGCUGCCCAAUUUAAAAUCAACAUGAUGCUUUAAGCUUGUGUUCAACUAAUAUAUAU